AGACACUGAGAUGUGUAAAUAAACAAAUAUAAGAAUGUAGAAGUGACAAUCUGAAGGAGAAGAGAGAGAGAGAGAGAGAGGCUGGUAAUGGGAGUCGGAGAAAGUAAAAGGGGGAGGAGUGGGAGUGAGAAGACGGGAAGCGAAAAGCGGGUUGUGUAGUUGUGAGAGAAUGAAUGGUAAAAAGCAAAAGAGACAUAGAAAAGGAAUCAGUGAGAAGUUAAAAGAAAGACUAUAAAAGAAACAAGAAAAGCAAAACCUGAAGAAAAUAUUGUCUUCGGAACGUAAAGUUUAGAAUAUUUUUUUGAAAGAAUAGGUAAGGAAAAAAAACUCUAAGAACGAAAAGUUGUUGUUAUCUUUUUCUAUAAAAUCCUUGGUGGAUUUGAAUUUUUAAAUUUACAGAAGAGAAAGAAAAAGAAUAAGAAUUAUUUUUAUUAGAAAAAUACAAAGAAAUUCAAGACGAAGAAAAUAGUUGAAAGAGUUACAGAAGAGAAAGAGAAAACAAGAAAAAAACAGUAAUACGAUAACUCAUAAUAAUAAUCUCAAGUGGAUUUACUGACCAUAAAUAACAGACUAAAGGAUUCUUAUUAUAUUAAAGGAGUAACAUUAAUAAGGAAGUCCUCGCCAUCACCAAAUCUAUAAAUAAUGCCGCAAGCUGUUUUGCUGUCAUGCGAAGGUUACUGAACAGAUCUAAAAUCAAACGUCCGUUGUUGUUAGUCUGCCUCGGAAUAGUUUUUCUGUUUGUUGUACAUUCAACUAUAACAAACAAUAUAUUCAAUUUUGGUACGGGUAGACAUUUGCAUUACGAGACAACUGCACAGAUUCCUUCUGAUCUCGCUUAUCAUGUUCAAAAAGAAUACAUUUAUAAGAAAACUUUGAAUAACGAUUUCCAAGAGUCAUUGGCUUUUCGUACUGCUGGGAGAAAUGGAAGUAAUAUGAACAUAAAAUAUGCUCACACUCUACAAAAUAUCUCAGGACUGAAUAUUACAACAAAAAAAGGUAUUUUUCUUCUAGUUCAGUCCAGUGAUAAUGCCAUUAGAAAUACCUUGGGUUCAUUAGUCGAUGAUGAUACAAAUACUGUAGUUCUGGACAAUAAGAAUGUCAGUGCCGUUUCUGGGAGUCAGAGCAAUAUUUCAUUGGCACGAAAUAUUACCAGUAAAAUUGUCAGUGUGGAGCAAACCACGUCUAGUUCUAGAACUUUUGAAAGUCUUUUUAAAAAGAUAAAUAUUUCUUCAGUGAACACGACACAUUCAAGUAAAACUAUUACUCAGAAAAUAUUUUCAAAUCCAACAACAGUUUCAAUACCAAAAAUUUAUAAUCCUCAUCCAUUUUAUUUCCGACUAGACGCAAAUGAGUUGUGUUCUAGAAGAGAUCCACCAUUCCUUUUGAUUGUAGUGCCAAGUAUUCAUGACCAUAUGGAUAUCCGCAAUGCUAUCCGACAAACGUGGGCAAGCGUGGCUAAAGGUCAUGUUUGGCCUGGUCGAGAAGUUCAAGAAACAGUCAAACUAGCUUUUUUGUUGGGACUUCAUCAAUUUCCUGAACGCGAAAGUCUAUUAAUCGCCGAGAGUAAAAAAUAUGGUGAUAUAAUUCAAGAGAAUUUUAUCGACUCUUAUUAUAAUUUGUCUAUUAAAAUAUUAAUGGCUAUGAAAUGGGCCAGUCAUUAUUGUCCUGGUGUAAAUUACAUCCUUAAAGCAGACGAGGACACCUUCGUAAACAUUCCUAUGUUAGUGGAGAUCUUGCGCCAACCAGAAACGCCUCGACACAGCAUUAUGGGUCGGAUAAUGCCCGAGUCCAAGGUUUACAGGUUUGGAAGAUGGAAGGUUGAUAAAAAAAUAUACGACAAAAAGGUAUAUCCCCCUUACGCAGCAGGAAACACCUACAUUAUACCUGGAAGCAUUGCUCGAAAGCUAUUCAUAGCAUCCAAGUACCAUGUGUAUCUGCACGUAGAAGAUGCCUUUAUAACUGGUGUGUUGGCACAGUCAAUUGGUGCAAGCCAUUUUGACAUACCUGGUUUCACAUUUCAAACUGAUGAUGCACCGGAGGCCUGCGAUUUCAUUAUGGAUUUAAAAAUAUCUAGUACAAAAGCCAACAUGGGAUUGAUAAGGCACAUAUGGUCCCAAAUUAAGAAACAGAAAGACUGUGAAGAAUAGCUGUAACUUCGCACACACGGACACACAUAUAUGUACAUACAUGUGUGUGUGCGUGCGUGCGCGCGUGUGAAGUUAUAUGUAACAUACAUACAUACAUACAUACAUACAUACAUACAUACAUACAUA